GUUCCCAAUGUUGAACAUGUCGACCCCCAGCGAGCUGAAGUCUCCGUGUGUCCCGAGGAACGGCAUGGUCAAGCUCCCCCCUCAGCCCAACGGUCUGGGCAGCGCCAGCAUCACCAAGGGCACGCCCGCCGCCAAGAACCGCCUGUGCCAGUCCUCCUCCGUGCCCGGCAUCCUACCCCCGCCUUCUCUACCCUACCACCUGGACCCCCUCAACCCCCUGGGUCCCUCUCUCCUGGGUCCAGACCUGGACCACAGCGCCCUGACGGCCCUCAAACCCCCGCUGCGCCAGGUCCCCCUCACCUUCCCCAAGCCUCACCUUCCCCUCACCCUGCCUCUGGCCCUUCUGCCACCCCUGGAGCGCCAGCUGGCCCUGGAUGAGAAGCUGCUCAACAGGCUGCUGUGGUACUUCACCACGGCUGAGAAGUGUGUCCUAGCCCAGGUGUGUAGGACCUGGAGGAAAGUGCUGUACCAGUCUAAGUUCUGGGAGGGGGUCACGCCCAUCCUCCACGCCAAGGAGCUGUACGCCCUGCUCCCCGGUGGAGACAAGGAGUUUGUCAGCCUGCAGGCCUUCGCUCUCAGGGGGUUCCAGGCAUUCUGUCUGGUGGGAGUUUCAGACCUGGACAUUUGUGAGUUCAUUGAUAACUACCCCUUAUCCAAGAAGGGGGUGAAGUCGGUCAGUCUGAAGAGGUCCACCAUCACAGACGCAGGCCUGGAGGUGAUGCUGGAACAGAUGCAGGGUCUGAUGCAUCUGGAGUUGGCCGGUUGUAAUGACUUCACGGAGGCCGGUCUGUGGUCCAGCCUGAACGCACGGCUCACCUCGCUCAGCGUCAGCGACUGUAUCAACGUAGCAGACGACGCCAUUGCUGCCAUCUCACAGCUACUGCCCAACCUGUCAGAGCUCAGCCUGCAGGCCUACCACGUAACCGACACAGCCAUGGCUUACUUCACAGCCAAACAGGGCUACACCACUCACACACUGCGUCUCCACUCGUGUUGGGAGAUCACCAACCAUGGUGUGGUUAACAUGGUCCACAGCCUGCCCAACCUCACGGCUCUGAGCCUGUCAGGCUGCUCUAAAAUCACUGAUGACGGGGUGGAGCUGGUAGCAGAGAACCUGAGGAAGCUGCGGAGCCUGGACCUCUCCUGGUGCCCACGCAUCACUGACAUGGCCCUGGAGUACAUCGCCUGUGAUCUCCACAAACUAGAGGAGCUGGUACUGGACAGGCAGGAAUAUAGUAGAGUAGAGUACAGUAUAGUAGGGUCUGGUUACCUGUCCACCAUGUCUUCUUUGAGGAGUCUCUACCUGCGCUGGUGCUGUCAGGUGCAGGACUUUGGGCUACAGCACCUGUUUGGCAUGAGGAGUCUACGUCUUCUCUCUCUCGCAGGUUGUCCACUCCUAACCACUACAGGUCUAUCUGGUUUGAUCCAGAUCCAGGAUCUAGAGGAGUUGGAGUUGACCAACUGUCCUGGAGCCACAGCCGAACUCUUCAAGUACUACUCACAACACCUGACACGCUGCAUGGUCAUCGAGUAGCCCCCCGG